AUGAAUGCGACAUGCAAGAAACUCAACUUUCCAGAGAACUGGCCCUCGCCACUGACGAAUCCCGCCAGUCUCUCUAUUUCAGUUGCCUCCGAUAUUGGUCAUUUGCCUCCGUUAUCGACCUUUCACAUCACGUUCCAUUUGGAGGGGCCCGACUCGGAAGAAGUCAGCUGUCAGGAGGCGAACAUCACCCCGGCUCUCAGUCUGACCAUCACCUCCGUCAUCACUUACUCGACUUGGGCUCUAUUUAUUUUCGUGCUUCUAGUCGGUAUCUUACGGUCCGCUUACAGCACCCCCAUCACUUUGGAUGAUGGAGAAGCGCGCUCUGUUCGAACAGUCCUUCCGAAUGUUGGAGACUGCCUUCAGUAUCUUCAGUUCAUCUUCCUGACCGGUGGGCUCAGUCUACGGUACCCCGGCUUCUAUCAACCCGUCGUCAGCCAUCUCAGCUGGUGGUCUCUCUUUUUCGAUGGGCCAAUUACUCACGGCCGAACGUACGAAAGUGUAGAAGAUGGGAUAUACGUCCUGAACGGCACAUAUGGCGGCACUUAUGGCUUGGAGUUGAUGACCCAGAUUGCCGGCGCCCCAAUGACAAUGGAUAUGUGGCUCAACAUGGUUGUCCUCAUAUUCGUCAUAGCAGCAAGCAUCGCUUUGGCUCUCGAAGUCUUCUGGCUGCUCAAUAGGAAUCGCAACUCAGACGGUGGGCCGUCACGGUCAGUCGGUGGGGUACGGGAGACCUGUAGCCGCGUCUUGCGUGUCAUUCUGUCGUAUUUCAUGUUUCCUCUGGCGGCCUUGUCCUUUUACCAGCUUGAUCAAGCCUCGUGGUUGCCAGUUUAUCAUACAUCUCUGGCCGUCACGCUCAUUGUCGCCAUGAUGGCUGCCUUCAUCUGGCUCAUUCGGCAAAUCCCAACACGCAGUCUUGGCGUUCUCGUCUUUGACAGCACCAAGCGAUACAGGCAGAUGCCCCCAUCAGAAGACUUCCGGCGGCAAGAUGAGAGGUUCAUUCUUAUUCUCUUCGCGCUGACCUUCGUGCGAGGCGCGGCCGUUGGUGGUUUGCAAAUUUCUGGCCCAGCACAGUUGGCUGUUCUUGGAGCCUGCGAGCUACUUUUACUUGCUAGUAUUGCCGGGUUCCAGGCUUACUCAACAUUUUCUAUCGGCAGCAUCGCAGCUACCAUCAGACUCUGCAGUUUGAUUUUUCUGGUCACCUUUCUGCCUGGGAUUGCCACCAAUGAGAUCAAGAGCGCCAUUGGAUACUUGCUUCUUACUGUCCAUACUGGCAUGCUUGUGCUUGGCUUCUUUGUCCCCGCGGCUUGUGAGCUCACAAAUAUUGUCAGAAGCUGGUUGGCAGCGCCAAAGCCUGAUGUCUAUGGGCUCCGUGAGCUCCGUCGGCGUGAUGUGUCGCGAACGAACCUGUCCUCUUUGUAUACAACCGACGGUCCUGAUACAUCAUAUCCAGACCCAGAAGAUGUUGAAGAGCCCAACACAGGCUACUUGCGGCCGACUUACCGAUCAGACAGUCCCAGCACUCUACGUCUGAACCCAUCAACCGCUUCAAGUCGGUACUUCCGACCGCCGCGGUCGAGCGCGUCCAUCUCAUCUGCGGAUCAUCCCCGCAGCAUCGGCUCCUCCCUUUACACUCCUUCGAGGACGAUCUCGACUUCCACUUCAAUUGUAGAUAGGCAUUCCGUUCAGCGAUCAGUUUCGGGCGCAUCUCCGAGCCGGGUUUCCGAGUCAAUUGGGGAGGAGGAGGUCAGCUCGACAUCACAAGUCUCGCCCACCAGCACCAAUCGUGCACCGCUCGGCCCGCGAUGGAACGACUACUCCUUUCGGGAGGCAGAUCUCUAUUAUGGUGUUCCGCGCCCACCGCCUGCAGACAGGGCUUCUGAAGAACUGCCCCGACCGUCCGAUCCUCGCUCAUCCUUCCGUUCAUCGUCCGGAUUCUGGGCAAAGGUCACUGGCCAAGCGAGCGCCCCUGAGAAGGGUUUUCAGGUUGAUCGACCACGGCCGCUCCCAGACGUGGGCUUUGUGGUCGUCAGACCCAACAGGCCGAGCAAUAUUGGGGACGGUUCGGGUGGCGGCACGCCGCGGAACCCCUCCUAG